AUGGAUAGGAAACCCUAUGGCUAUCCACCAGUGAAAGUAGUAGAACUAGUCAAACCGGCAAAGACCCCUUUUCCUGCCCCCUUGGAAGAAGGCUUAGCCAGCGACAUCUAUUCCAAGUUCCUAGCUCAGACCCCAGGGGAGGAAGAGGAGGAGGAGGAGGCAAGCAAGGAACCAGAAGGCGUUCUUGCAGAAGCGCCAGCUGAAGAACAAGGAGCCGUGGACCCUUUGAUGGGCUACACCGUCGAGGACGUCCGCUUGCUCCUGGGCCAGCUCACCAACGAGCUCAUCAGCAGCAUUCAGACCGAGAUCUACGAGAAGCUCCAAAUGCAAGAAGACACCUAUUCAAUGAGAAUAGAGAAGCUGAAGAAAGCCUGAAGCUGUCAGAGCAGUGGAGCAAAGAGCCCCUCCAACCUGGGAAGGAGCUUAGAGGGAUGACAUUCU